AUGGGUAAUACCUUAGUUUACGAACAUGCAACCACACUCGACGUCUCCUCUGAAACCGGCGCACCCCAAAGUGAGCAGUCAGUGUUCAGUGAACUCCAAGCCAAUGAAUCUCUGCCACAAAACGAAGCCGAGUCACUCUUAACUGAAUCUGGGAAGGAUAUAUAUAGCGAUUAUGACACAUGUUUCGGUGUUGUGCUGGCAGUACCCACAUCUUCCUUUUCACAAAAGGAUACAGCUCACUCUAUACCUAUAAAUCUAAAGCCAUUUGGAGGUACUCUAAUGAUUUACGAGCAGGACUCUAAUGCAUACGCCGGUAUCUUAAACAAUUGUCAGCUUGUAAAUGCAUUUCGUCAAAUUCGCCUUAAAACGGAUGCCACGCUCUUCAUCUCCGAGAAAAGGGGCCUUAGAGGGAUAAAUAAACGUAAAAUGAAGAAAAAUGCCCCCAUCAAAGCAACCCGAGACUACAGCAUACGAAUUGUAAUUUAUGGUCUGAGGAGUGAUAAGGAAGCUGCUGGAGACCUUCUUUCAGAUGUUGGUUGCUUUCUACAGCAUCCUUAUGCUGCGGAAGUCAUACCUGGAGUUCAAUAUGACAACCCCCAUUACCUUAUUCGCCCUGACGCUGAAAUGCCGAAACUUGAGAAUUUGAGCCUAGACGCCUUAGAUGAUGAUCCUACCCAUACUGAGAUAAGAGAUGAAGUGAACAAAGGUUAUUUUCUACAAAUUAUUGAAUCCGCCGGAGCGGAUGGGGGAGCAGUAACAGGGGUGAAUACGUCAUCAAGUCCACGGCUUCGCACACAACUUAUGGGACAUCAGAUUAUGGCGCUGGCGAUGAUGCAUGAAAAGGAAAGCGGCCACAUUGAAGAGCCGAUGUUCCCAUCGCUUUGGAGAAAAGAAGUUGUUAAGAAUAGCAAAAAAGUGUAUUAUCGUCAUACAGUCACGGGGUCACUUGAGCCCAGGCCCAUCCCAGCUAUGGGAGGAAUACUUGCUGACGAUAUGGGCCUUGGAAAAACCCUAAGCGUGUUGGCGCUGAUCUGUUCCUCUUUGGAUCUUAACCCUACAGUGAUAGAUCAAGACCAGAAAGCAAGACACCAGGGAACACUUAUUAUUGCACCAAAGUCAACUAUAUAUAGUUGGAUGGACCAGGCCUCAGAACAUAUCCAUGAAGGACAGAUACGAAUAAAGGUAUAUCACGGCUCCGGUCGAGAGAGCCUUGCCAGCCAAUUUUGCAACACUGAUGUUGUCGUCACUACAUAUGAAACGCUUCGCUCUGAGUGGGAAGCCUCAGAAGGGAUACGUCCUCUUUUCUCCUGGAAAUGGCUUCGAGUUAUUUUGGAUGAAGGUGAGCAAAUUCUUGUGUAUAUCUAG